AUGGAUGAAGAUGGAAACUUACAGAUUGGUAAUAGUAAUUACAACGGAGAAGAAGAAGCAGAUCCAGAGAAUAACAUUUUGAAUCAACCUCUCCUUAAGAGACAUAGAACUCUUUCUUCAACUCCUCUUGCUUUGGUCGGUACCAAGGUUUCACACAUCGAGAGCUUAGAUUAUGAAAUUAACGAGAAUGAUUUGUUCAAGCAUGACUGGAGAAGCAGAUCAAAGGCACAAGUGUUUCAAUACAUAUUCGCAAAAUGGACAUUAGCUUGUCUUGUUGGUCUCUUAACUGGUCUCAUCGCUACUCUCAUUAACCUCGCCGUCGAAAACAUCGCCGGCUACAAACUUCUCGCCGUUGGCUACUACAUCGGUCAAGACAGGUUUCUGACAGGUCUGGCUGUCUUUACCGGUGCAAAUUUGGGUCUGACUUUGGUGGCGACAGUACUUGUUGUUGUCUUUGCUCCCACCGCAGCUGGUCCCGGGAUUCCUGAGAUCAAAGCUUAUCUUAAUGGCGUCGACACUCCCAAUAUGUUUGGUGCCACCACCAUGCUCGUUAAGAUUGUUGGAAGUAUUGGAGCAGUUGCAGCAGGGCUUGAUCUUGGUAAAGAAGGGCCAUUGGUUCAUAUAGGAAGCUGCAUAGCUUCUUUGCUAGGCCAAGGUGGUCCAGACAAUCACAGAAUCAAAUGGAGAUGGCUACGUUACUUCAACAACGAUAGAGACCGAAGAGAUCUUAUCACAUGUGGCUCUGCCUCUGGAGUAUGUGCAGCUUUCAGAUCACCAGUAGGAGGAGUGCUCUUCGCUCUUGAAGAAGUCGCUACAUGGUGGAGAAGUGCUCUCUUGUGGAGGACAUUCUUCAGUACAGCUGUUGUGGUGGUUGUAUUGAGAGCGUUCAUAGAGAUUUGCAACUCCGGUAAAUGCGGGCUAUUCGGUAAAGGAGGACUCAUUAUGUUUGAUGUGAGUCAUGUUGAGGUUAGGUACCACGCAGCGGAUAUAAUCCCUGUCACAUUGAUUGGAGUCUUUGGUGGUAUUCUUGGAAGCUUGUACAAUCAUCUUCUUCAUAAAGUUCUCAGGCUUUACAAUCUUAUUAACCAGAAGGGUAAGAUUCACAAGGUGCUUCUAAGUCUUUCUGUGUCUCUGUUCACAUCGGUUUGCUUGUAUGGUCUUCCUUUCUUAGCCGAAUGCAAGCCUUGUAAUCCUUCCAUAGACGAGGCAUGUCCAACGAACGGAAGAUCAGGAAACUUCAAGCAAUUCAACUGUCCGAAUGGUUACUACAACGACCUAGCGACUCUGUUUCUCACAACCAAUGAUGAUGCGGUGAGAAACGUUUUCUCUUCAAACACUCCUAAUGAGUUUGGUAUGAUUUCUCUAUGGAUAUUCUUUGGCCUCUACUGCAUUUUGGGGCUUAUCACAUUCGGUAUAGCAACACCUUCCGGUCUCUUCCUACCGAUUAUCCUCAUGGGGUCUGCUUACGGUCGGAUGCUAGGCACAGUAAUGGGACCUUACACCAAAAUUGAUCAAGGGCUUUACGCGGUUCUUGGUGCUGCUUCACUCAUGGCUGGUUCAAUGAGAAUGACUGUUUCGCUCUGUGUUAUCUUCCUAGAGCUCACCAACAACCUUCUUUUGUUACCCAUUACGAUGUUUGUGCUUCUGAUAGCUAAAACAGUUGGAGACAGCUUCAAUCUUAGUAUCUACGAGAUCAUUCUCCAUCUCAAGGGUUUACCUUUCUUGGAAGCAAAUCCAGAGCCAUGGAUGAGGAAUCUCACUGUAGGUGAGCUUAAUGAUGCUAAGCCUCCGGUUAUUACUCUCCAAGGAGUAGAGAAAGUCGCCAAUAUAGUCGAUGUACUAAGGAACACAACGCAUAACGCCUUCCCGGUCUUGGAUGGAUCAGAUUCAACCACUGGUGCUGCUACAGAGCUUCAUGGGUUGAUCUUGAGAGCACAUCUUGUUAAAGUUCUUAAGAAGAGAUGGUUCUUGGACGAGAAGAGAAGAACAGAAGAGUGGGAAGUUAGAGAAAAGUUCACACCAGUUGAAUUAGCUGAGAGAGAAGAUGAUUUCAACGAAGUGGCAAUCACAAGCUCAGAGAUGCAAAUGUAUGUUGAUCUUCACCCUUUGACCAACACUACACCUUACACGGUGGUGCAGAGUAUGUCAGUGGCUAAGGCUUUGGUGCUUUUCCGAUCAGUUGGUCUCAGACAUUUGCUGGUUGUUCCCAAGAUUCAAGCUUCAGGAUUGUCUCCUGUGAUAGGGAUUUUAACAAGGCAAGAUCUAAGGGCUUAUAACAUUCUACAAGCGUUUCCUCAUUUGGAUAAACAUAAAAGUGGAAAACUUCGAUGA